CCUCGCAUUUGUUUAGACUCAACUCAAUGGCUUCUUCUCUUAAAACUGCGACUGGUUUCCUUCAACUCAAGAACCUCCAAACCCCAUUGCUUUUCCAAUCCCCGGCUCAGAUAUCCACCCUUUCAUUCAAGAAACUUACACCAAUGGCUUCUCUGACCACCACCACCUCCACCACCGUCGGCCUCUCCCAAACAUUCGUCAAACUCAAGGAGCAAGGCAAGGUUGCAUUGAUUCCUUACAUUACGGCCGGUGAUCCUGAUCUAUCAGUCACCGCAGAGGCAUUGAAGGUGCUGGAUCUUUGUGGAUCGGACAUUAUUGAAUUGGGGGUGCCGUACUCAGAUCCCUUAGCUGAUGGGCCUGUUAUUCAGGCUGCAGCCACUCGUGCCUUGGCAAGAGGGACCAAUUUUAAUGCGAUCUUGGAAAUGUUGAAGGAGGUGAUUCCCAAAUUGUCUUGUCCAAUUGCUCUCUUUACAUACUACAAUCCUAUUCUGAAGCGUGGUGUUGGAGAGUUCAUGUCCACCAUUAGAGAUGUCGGUGUACAUGGAAUUGUUGUUCCAGAUGUUCCAUUGGAAGAGACAGCCAUUUUGAGAGAGGAAGCCUUGAAAAAUAAUAUUGAAUUGGUUUUGCUAACUACUCCUACCACUCCAAUGGAGCGAAUGAAGGCCAUUGCCGAAGCUUCAGAAGGGUUUUUGUAUCUGGUGAGCUCAAUUGGAGUGACCGGGGCCCGGGCAUCUGUGAAUGAACGAGUUCCUGCUUUAUUAAAGGAAAUUAAAGAGGCCACAUCUAAGCCUGUAGCCGUUGGUUUUGGCAUCUCGAAACCUGAACAAGCUAAACUGGUAGCGGGGUGGGGAGCUGAUGGUGUCAUUGUUGGAAGUGCGAUAGUGAAGAUCCUGGGUGAAGCCACAUCUCCUGAGGAAGGGCUGAAGGAACUGGAAAUAUUCACCAAGUCUCUGAAAUCCGCACUCGAUUAAUCACAUUUCUAGAGUUUCUCUUUUCGAACUACAGAUGAAUCCUAUGUAAUCCAAAAGUUCAUCUAUUCAGAGCAAUUGUGCUCAAUCUACGGAUGAAUCCUAUGUAAUCCAAUAGUUUAUUUAUUCAGAGCAAUUAUGCUCAAUCUAGGUGAACACCUGCAGUUGUAAUUUACACAGAUUUUUGUUGCAUGAUUGAAUGAAUAUCCCAAAUUCGCAUCUA